UGUUCCCAGCACAAGGUCUCUCUAUUUGCAGCGAAGUGAGAGCAAUUGCGGAGGAUGAAAUAAGACCUCUUUUAAAUGGGUGCUUCAAAGCCAUCUUCUACCUUCCUCCAAGAGAGAACUUGAACAUUCAGCUCUACGAUCAAACCCUGCAUGCAAUGGACAACAUGCUGCAGAUGUUGCUGGUCAGCCAUCACACCUCCAGCUGUGAGGAGCCGUGGAAUAUCUUGGAGGUGCUGCUACGCUUCACCAGCACCCAGAACAAAAGUGUGUGUGAGAGGGCCAUGGAACGGAUCUCAAAGCUUAUCAGUUUCAUCACCAGCAGUCACUGGCAGGAGCCAUUUGGAAAAUUCUUUCAACCUUCUCAGAGGACACGCAUCGUCCACAUGACCCUUGAGAUCAUUGGAGACUGCGGCACUGAGGACAAGGAGUGGGCCAAUUUUAUGCUGGGUGUAUUUCUGAGAGACCCUGCUACCUGGCUGACGGAUGUGCCCAAGAUUCUGGAGUUCAUCCAGAGAAAUCUGGGAAGCAACAGGACAUCCCUUCAGCAGGCCCUCUCCUCAGUGCUUCUUGUGAUGACCAAACAGUUUCCCAGGGAUGUGCUGACAAGUGUGUUGACCGACCUUCCUCAGUGUGACAGCACUACCCUGGACAUCUGGAAGAGAGUGCUUACUCUGCCAGAAACUUCAGAGAGGAUCUUGGAAGAACUGUGCCCUGUUCUCCAGGACCAACAGCUAUGUGCGGUCUUUAACGUCACCACAGCAAAGUUGGGCCUCCUUCACUUGACUAUGAUGCCUCCCACUGAAGAGAACCUGAAAAAGUUGCGUAAACCAAUACUGCUCCAGAGGUUUCUGAAGAUUGAAAGCCUUCCAAUACUCUGGCUGGUGCUCAGAGGCCUUGUCCUGCUGUCAGAGAGACCUGAGACGGCAAGAGGAAUGCAGGCCCUGUUGCCAGGUGUCAUGAAAACUCUGCGGUUUGCCAACACGCACAUUGUUCUGAAGGCGCUGAAUAUCUGCAGAAAUGUAAUGAGUCAUCUGAGGAAGAGGGAGGCCAGUCUCAUUGCUCUGGAGCUGGCUCAGAAGCUCCUGCCUCUAUUUAAUCACGUGUCAAGUGAAGUGCGAGAGUGUUCCAUCCGCCUCUUCAAAGAUGUGACAGAGGCUGUGGUGUGGUGGCUAAAGGGAACCAUGAAGAAGAACGUGCACAGGGGCCUGCUACCUCUGCUGUUUCACAUGAGUGACGAGAGCCCGAGUGUUGCACAGGCCUCUGGGGAAGCCCUUGUUGCUUGUGCAAAGUUCCUGAACUGGAAGAAGCUCAAGCACCUGGCCAAGAGGCAGAAAAAAAUGGAGAUCAAGGAAUAUUUGCUGCAGCAGGACAAGGGGAGGGUUGAUGAAUACCUGUGGCAGAGCCUGCUGUACGUGAAGGAUUCUCAGGCCACUGUGCGAUAUGAGGCUGCCGAAUUCACGGGGCUGGCUCUGCAGUGCUCCUCAGACCACAGUGAGGGAAAGCUGAACAUACUCUGCAGUGCUCUCCAGCCUUUGGAAGAUGACGCCCAUCCAGCAGUCCGUUCUGUGGCAACUGAGAUAAUCCAGAGAUGUCAAAGCCAUCAGGCAGAACCAGCACAGAGCAGGCUUGCAGCACUGUGCUGCUGGCCCUGAAAAGCCAUCUGUCCUGCAAAAGAUGACCCUAAUCAAUAAACUCGGAUUACAGAGCUGUU